AUGCCUACAAUUAAGUUGCAGAGCUCCGAUGGGGAAAUCUUUGAGGUGGACGUGGAAAUCGCCAAACAGUCUGUCACCAUCAAAACCAUGCUGGAAGAUUUGGGGAUGGACGAUGAAGGCGAUGACGACCCCGUGCCACUUCCCAACGUCAACGCCGCUAUUCUCAAGAAGGUGAUCCAGUGGUGCACCCACCACAAGGACGAUCCCCCUCCCCCCGAGGACGACGAGAACAAGGAAAAGAGGACGGACGACAUCCCCGUGUGGGAUCAGGAGUUCCUCAAAGUGGACCAAGGAACUCUUUUUGAACUCAUCCUGGCGGCCAAUUACUUGGACAUCAAGGGUCUGCUGGACGUGACGUGCAAGACGGUGGCCAACAUGAUAAAAGGUAAAACCCCCGAGGAGAUCCGCAAGACCUUCAACAUCAAGAACGACUUCACGGAGGAAGAAGAGGCCCAGGUGCGCAAGGAGAACCAGUGGUGCGAAGAGAAGUAG